UUCUCGCUCGCCCUUGCCGAAGAGCAAGAGGCGAAGUAACCCCUUAGGGCACAGCCUGGGAAUCUGCGUGGCGGUUCCGCAGGAGGAACGGGAGGAGCGAGAAGGGGGGGUGGAGGAGAAAGGGCUAGUCCAUGGCGGCGAGCCUGUGGCGGUCGGUGUUCGGGGGGUCGACCUCCGCGGCGGAGGAUGAGGGAGGCGUAGCGUUCUGGUCGAACCCGGAGCGGGCGGGGUGGCUGACAAAGCAGGGGGAGUACAUCAAGACGUGGCGCCGCCGGUGGUUCGUGCUGAAGCAGGGGAAGCUCUUCUGGUUCAAGGACUCCCACGUCACCCGCGCCUCCGCCCCUCGUGGCGUCAUCCCCGUCGCCUCCUGCCUCACCGUCAAGGGCGCCGAGGACGUCCUCAACCGACCCUUCGCCUUCGAGAUCUCCACCCGGGCCGAGACCAUGUACUUCAUCGCCGACACUGAGAAGGAGAAAGAGGAGUGGAUCAACUCCAUCGGCCGCUCCAUCGUCCAGCACUCCCGGUCCCUGGCCGACGCCGAGGUCGUCGACUACGAAUCCACCAAGAGGACCGCCAAGGCUCCCGACGGCGAUCAAAUCUGAUAAAUUGACGGCGACGACAAUCCUCGCAGGUGAGCGUUCUCCUACAUCUGGCCACGGAAAAUGUAUAGAUCUAGGGUUUUGUCCACUUCCCCCGGUCUGUUAAUCUCGCUGUAUGUUACAAUAAAUUUUGGAUCCUUGUUGUUCUUGCUCAUUGACAGGUGAUGAGUUCACUAUUUGAUGGGUGAGCUAAGUAUGUGUUGCCAUUACCUUGUCUUCUUGAUCUGGAUCUAUUUCUUGUUUCAUAUCCUUCCUGUCUGUUAAACCUGCGCUACUGGUUCAAUAAAUCUAAUCUACGCAAGAUUAAUGGUUCAA